UAGUAAGAAAUAAAGAAAAACCCUUGAAUGAGUAGGUGUGUCCAGACUUUUGACUGGUACUGUAAGUUACAUGAUUCCAGUCUAGUCCAGGGCAAAGAAAGCAUGUUCGCUCAAUACAGACUACACUGCACACGGGUUACUGAAUAUCUUGAAAAAAAAUGGAUACUGAGAAGGGAGGGUUUAGAGGCACAGCCCCCUACUGGGUUAAGGGAGGGUUUAGAGGCACAGCCCCCUACUUGGUUAAGGGAGGGUUUAGAGGCACAGCCCCCUACUGUGGCUAAGGGAGGGUUUAGAGGCACAGCCCCCACUGUGCUAAGGGAGGGUUUAGAGGCACAGCCCCCUACUGUGCUAAGGGAGGGUUUAGAGGCACAGCCCCCUACUGGGUUAAGAGGGUUUAGAGGCACAGUCCCCUACUUGGCUAAGAGGGUUUAGAGGCACAGCCCCCUACUGUGCUAAGGGAGGGUUUAGAGGCACCGCCCCCUACUGGGUUUAGAGGGUUUAGAGGCACAGCCCCCUACUGGGUUAAGAGGGUUUAGAGGCACAGCCCCCUACUUGGCUAAGAGGGUUUAGAGGCACAGCCCCCUACUGGUUUAAGUCUCCAUUUUCUCAUCUUCCCAAAAAGUGUGUAUGUGAGUUAAUCAAAAUGACUGGUAAUGACUUGUGCUUGCCAACGUUUCUACCUGGUUCCGUGUUUGGAGCAUGACAUGUAUCUUCCAAGCAGAAGGCCGGUGAUAAUAUAAGAAAAUCCCAAUUGGAUUGUGAAAAUUAUUAUAUGUGCUGUAGCUAUAGAUCUUAACCUGUUUGAAUGCCUAGUGCUUGAAGCCAAAAAUGUGUCUGACCUGGGGAGAUGCGUGUCAUGCCCAGCACCGUCCAAAUAUUGCAAAAUGUGUUGCGGAGUGUGAGCAAGUUGUUUAUGUGUGAAUGUGUUUCUCAUACAUCGGUUUCCCAGCUGUACUGGAUGGGAUCGAUGGCCUAAAAAGCAACCUGUGUGUUGCAUUGAGACACGUACAGUGUUUUCAUAGGAAUACCUGUAGCUUCCUUGUAGAUUAGCACGUGGUUGUCAUGACCUGUCAUCUAAAGGACAUCAGGAGUUCUGAGGAUUUUCCUUUGGGCAUGCAGUCCGAAAGGCAAAUUUGUCAUAUGCUGAAACACACACACACAUAAUGCGCACACACCUACGCAUUCACUAAUACGCACAUGCACUAAAAACCUAAAAUGAGGUAUCGAUGUCCCAUUACCACUUAGUGUUUGUCAAAGGUAACGAUCCCAACUCCAGACUUUCUCGUCAGGUAAUGUGACCACCUGCUUACCUUACAUCAACAUCCAUAUCUAUUUACGAUAUCUGAGAAGGGUUUCUUACUGACCUCUAGUGUUAGUGCUUCAUACAUUCCAUUUCUACAUGCCAUGAUAUGAAUCACUUUUACAUACUAUGGGAGGAAUUUUGUUCUUGGAACGUGUAAGAAUCUAUUUGACAUAUUUAUUGUUCUGUGUAAUUUUACCCACAAAUGUUAUAUUUUUAUUACGUAUUUUUUUUAUUGUGCAAUUUCAGUAUGCCUGUGUUACUUCAGACAAGAUGUGUGCCCCUGUGCCAACCCGUAUAUCCUACCUUACACCUCUACCAUAUCCUGUUCCCUCCACCGUUCUGGUCGCAGGUCAGAUUACAGAGCACUGGUUAGAGGUCAGUUAAGCCAUAUCUAGGCUUUGAAUGGAGCUUCUGGUAUUUCUGGCACAGAGGGGUAUGUCUUGUCCUUUAAAGAAAUGCCAUAACGAUCAAGUAUUUGAUUAUUAUGGCUGUAGUUCCUAAGUUCAGUAGCUUUAGUUCAGAUGGACUUCAUUCCAGAUCCUUAGUGGUUGGAGAUACUGUAACAUCUACAUGCUGGCUGUACAUGAUACUGAGCAUAUGCAACCUGGUGUCCCCUCCCCUCCAUGCCAAAUGUGAUUUACCAUACUUUCAUAUGGGAGAAAUGUAUAUAUUUUUCUUGACUUCAAGGGUCUGGAGUUUCCAGAGGGUUGUGUACACCAGAUGGCUAUAUUACGGAGAACUCUAUUGUAACAUUUCCUUUUGAAACACUAAAGCUAUCAGGGGGCUGAGUAUGGGCUGUACUCAGACUAGUGUGGAGACACCGCUGGACUCUCACCUGCCUGGGCUGUGUCCUAGGUCGAGGUAGGAGGAGCACUUACUAUAUUGGGGGGGGGGGGGGCAUUACAGAUGCCGUUUUCAAAAGCUUACAAAAUGUAUUGGUUUCUUGUGUUUUGCCUGACCAAAAAAAAAAAAAGAAUGAUUGAUUGAUUGAUUGUAUUUUUAAUGCAACCCUUUUUCCAGCCAUUUUUGUAAGAAUAAUCGAAACGUCCAACAAAAAAAAAAUGCACGAGUGGCUGGAUGAAUGUGGAGAAUGGCCCUGUCCCACAGGUGACCGCUGGGGUGGGGUGCCYUGGGGUGACGGGCACAAAAUGGGCACCGCACCCCGGCGCCAGGACCACCCCACAUCUGGCCCCUCGGGCUCCAGCCUCGGCACUCUGAACCUCCGACCUGAAUGUAGCACUUUAAGACCAGUUUGUUCAACACAGUUUUUCUGUAAUAAAUCACAAUAUUAUGAAUUUGUGGUAUGCUUGAGUGAACUUGUGUAUCAGCAAGCGUACUUGGCUUAUGCUUAGCAUGGUCUGUUAGUGUGGGCUUUGCAGGACUGCACGCAUGUGUGUGCACCACAGGAGGCUGCUGAUAGGAGGACGGCUCAUUAAAAUUGCUGGGAUGAAAUGGUAUCAAACUCAGGUAAACCAUGUGUUUUGAUGUAUUUGGUACCAUUUAUUCCAUUCUAGCAAUUACAAUGAGCCCAUCCUCCCCAAUUAAGGCACCACCAGCCGCCUGUGGACUGUGUGUGUGUACGCCUGGCCACACCAAGCAGAUGCUCUGCGGUAAUGAGGUGGCUGAGAGGCUUAACUGGAUCAACAGGGCUGCUGAAGGCUAGAGCUCCACAGCAGAGUUCAGACGUACCGCUGGCCGAGUGGCCCUGUAGCACGCCACUCAACCUGCCACCACAGCACCACCCGACACUGUGUGUGUAUUAAUGUAUGUUCAUAUCCUUCUGUUACUCUACUCCUUCCYUGGAUCCAUGUGUGUCUGAGUCCUGGUCGGUUGAGGGGAGACGUAGGCAGAGUAACUGGGGGAGUGGAGAUGAGUGAAGCUGUGUCUAUUUUGUACAAUGACACCCGUUCAUGUUCCUGUGCCUUCGUUUGAAUGUGUUCGUUGUGUGUUAAUGUGUGUGCACUUGCAUGGGCAGAACAAUUUGUUGGCUUAGACAAGAACGGGAGAAUAAUGUACCGUUUACAAUGGCUCUAUUGACACUUAAAUGUGUAGCACACGGUUCUCUGUGUGUGUCCCAGAAUAUUGAGUAGGAGGAAGCAGUAACACUCGUGUCAGAUAGCCCAGCAGUGCUGUAUGCGGUAGGUCAGCCAGGCAGCGCUGUGUGGAAUCAGCCCACAAUCUGCUACAGGAAUAGAGUGACCACUAAGACGGAGGAAAGCGGAAAGGAGGAGGAGUCGUAAAAGUUGGGAGGGAGUUGGCAGUGUGUCAGGAUAGGAGCCACUGUGCCUCAGCAGCGGCAGAGCUGACGCACUAAAAUCCAGACUGAGGGCAAGAGGGGGAUAAAGGGAGGGCACAGAGGAAAACGAGGAAGAGACGCCAGUGGCCAGAUGGAGGGUGCAGUGUUUGUUUUGAAGUGGCAGACAGGUGUUCAUUAAGGGUUAGUGGCUGUAGCUUAGAACAAGAUAGUCACUCACUGGACUGAAUAUUAUAGAGUGUGUGUGAGGGAAAAGUGCAUCGUAUCAGGACUGUCUUGGCCACAGCAGCCGGAAAACCUACCAUUUGAUGUUCUGUGUGGACUGCACACUUAUACUCCUCUGCUGUACUGGGUUCUUCGGUGCAUGCGGCUCAAGGUGAKUCAGGAUCUGGAUCCAGCCCCUGGGAGCCUCCUGACUGGGUCCCUGGAUCUACAGGGAAAAGUGGGCUGAAGCUUCCUCUCUACCCCCCUGGAAGUAGAGUCAGACUGGGGACAGGACCGUAGGAUAAUAAGGAUGUGAGGCCUUGACACCAGCCGUUACCCACUACCAGGCCUGCUAGUGUUCUGUCCAGCCCUGUGGAGGUGGAUAAGGGGGAAGGGAAUGGGCCCAGCUUCACUGCAGGAGGAGACAGAGCAGGAGCCAGGGGGAGAAAUGGAGUGCUACCACAGCCUUCUGCAGGCUGGCUCUCAGCUAGAGAACACACUGCAGCAGGUGUCAGUCCCRAUGAGUAUGAAGGAGGUGGACGGCUACAUUGAGAAGCAGGUGGCCUACCUGUCAGGUGGGCGUGGUGAGGACUCCAGCGUGAUUAUCACCCUCCCAGAAUACUCUGCUUUCAGCGACAUUCCAGAGGAGUCUUUAGCUAAAGUCUUAACAUACCUCACCCUCAUACCUCGAGCACGACAACCAGGUGUAAAAUUCAUCAUCAUUUUAGACAGGAGACUGGAUACUUGGACCUCAAUCAAAACAGCACUUGCCAGAAUUGCGGCCUCCUUCCCUGGGAACCUCCACCUGGUGCUGGUGCUGAGACCCACCAGCUUCUUCCAGCGCACCGUCACAGACCUGGGCUUCCGCUUCAGCCAGGAGGACUUCAUGCUCAAGAUGCCAGUGGUGAUGCUGAGCUCUGUGACAGACCUACUGAGAUACAUUGAUGAGAACCAACUGACCUCUGAGUUUGGUGGAACUCUGGAUUACUGCCACAGUGACUGGAUCGUCCUGAGAACAGCCAUAGAGAGCUUUGCGGUGACAGUUAAGGACAUAGCUCAGAUGCUGCAGGCYUUUGGCACAGAGCUGGCWGAGACAGAGCUGCCAGAUGAGGGCACCGGCAUCGUACACCUCCUCUCAACCCACACUGACAAGUACAGGAAACUCAAGGAGGCGAUAUGGUCWGUAUCAAAGGAGGGUCGUCACCUGCUGGCUAGCCUGGAGGCCUCUGGGAGAGAGGAGGAUUCACUAUGGGAUAUCAGGCUGGACUGGGAGACUGUGCAGAGGCUACUAGKCCAGCUGAGGGACAUGGAGUCAGCCUUUGARGGCUUCUUUGAGAAGCAUCAUCUGAAGCUCCAACAGUACCUCCAGCUGCUCAGAUACGAACACAGCUUCCAGGAGAUGGAGUUGUCUCUGGAGCGUCUGGCGACCCAGGAGAGGGAGGUGUCGUUGUCAGGGGAGACGCUGACUCAGACAGAACAGACACUCAGGGACCUGGACAGCCUGGAGGCUCACGCACAGGAGGAGAUGGCUCGUGCCCAGACCAUCAUCCUCCACGGUCACCAGCUGGCAGCCUGUCACCACUACGCCAUGGCCCUGAUCGUGCAGCGCUGCAACGAGCUACGUCACCGCUGUGACACGCUCAGUAAGGCUCUGAGGGCCAAACACACACACCUCUCCCAGGCCUAUCAGCUGCUGCUACGCUUGGAUCAGGCCCAGAGUUGGUGUGACGACGGGGCCUACUUGUUGGCCCAGCAGCUGGUGGAAAAGUUCCAGUCUAAGCAGGGGGCCCAGGCAGCUCUGAAGGACAUAGACAGAUUCCUGGAGGGGGCUCCGUCUCUCCUCAGCUCAGGACCUGACCUCCUGGCCGUGGAGUUUGAGUCUGUCCUCACCCCAGAGAUACAGGUCCAGAUAGGGAAGACAUUUGAGAAGCACACAGCGGUGCAGGAGAUGAUCCACAACAGACAGGUCUGUCUGAGGAAGCUGGCUGAUAAACACGUCCGUCCCAUUCAACUGGUGGCACCCCGGCCGGAGAACCCACCCCGCUCCAAGUCCCCACUAUUCUCCCCCAAACAUGGGGUCGACGGUUUGAAGUUUCUCCUUCGAUCUUAUCACUUCCUGGGAAGAGGAAGUCACGGAAAAGCCCCGGCUCCAGAAAGUACAGCUAUUGAGGUGAUGCAUGACUACCAGGAGAAUAGGAGCCCCUGCUCGAGCCUGGAGGGAGAGGACAGCCCAGACCUUCUCAAACGUCACGUGAUGAGGGAGCUAAUCGAGACCGAGAGAGUCUAUGUGGAGGAGCUGCUGUCAGUGCUGCUGGGAUACAGGGGAGAGAUGGAGAACCCAGGCCUUUCAGGGCUCCUGCCCCCCAUCCUGCAAAGUAAGAAAGACAUCCUGUUUUGGAACCUCUGACUCGUGAUCUCUUGCUCCGACAGGGUGUUCCUGCAGGACCUGGAGGGCUGCCUGGAGACCCCAGAGGGAGUAGGGGCCUGCUUUCUGGAGCGGAAGGAGAAUUUCCAGGUGUAUGAGUGUUACUGUCAGAAUAAGUCUCGCUCAGAGUCCUUAUGGAGGCAGUUCUCAGACUGUGCCUUUUUCCAGGAGUGCCAGAAGAAGCUGGAGCACAAACUGGGCCUGGAUUCUUACCUGCUGAAACCAGUYCAACGCCUUACCAAGUACCAGCUACUACUGAAGGAGCUACUGAAGUACAGUCCAGGAGGCUGUGAGGGGACCUCGGAGCUACAGGGGGCGCUAGCAGCCAUGCUGGACCUCCUCAAGUCAGUCAAUGACUCCAUGCAUCAGAUCGCCAUCACAGGUUACCAGGGAGAGUUGUCUGACCUGGGCCGGGUGCUGAUGCAGGGCUCCUUCAGUGUGUGGAUCAGCCAUAAGAAAGGCCCCACCCGUAUGAAGGAGCUGGCCCGCUUCAAGCCCAUGCAGAGACACCUGUUCCUGUAUGAGAGAGCCCUGCUCUUCUGCAAGCGCAGGGAGGAGCAUGGAGAGGGUGCAGACAAGACCCCCUCCUACAGCUUCAAGCACUGUCUCAAGAUGAGUGCGGUGGGGAUUACUGAGAACGUCAAGGGAGAUGUGAAAAAGUUUGAGAUCUGGUACAGUGGCAGGGAGGAGGUGUACUUAGUUCAGGCCCCCACAGUGGAGGUUAAGAUGGCUUGGCUCAAUGACCUGCGAAGGAUCCUCACCAACCAGCAGAAACUCCUCAAAGAUGAGCAUUGUGUCAACAACCAGAUGCCAGACCACAUUCAACUGUCUCCGCCCUUGUCUGAGAGCAAACAGCAGAGGGCGUCGAUCAGCUCAGAGGACACUGAGUCAGGGAGGAGCAGUCCAGACCCCCAGUCCCACUCCCCUCAACACCGGCGAAACCGACGCAGCUGGCCCGGCGCGCCUCACUCAGUAGACAUCUGUGAGGGUCUGGAGGAGUGGGGUGGAGGUGAGGACCCCUCUCAGCCGUCAGACACCGAGGAGGAGGACGCUGCUCAGCUGGCUCCAGGCAGAUAUAAGGCCUUGGCUGAAUGUUCACGAUACYGCCCAGAUGACCUCACCAUCAAGAGCGGUGAUGUCAUCCAGCUGCAGCACGAGGACAGCGAAGGCCACUGGCUGGUGAAGAACCUGAGUCGCAGACAGGAGGGUAUCAUCCCAGUCCCCAACCUGCARAUGAUUCUGGGAAACGGCAGUAGAGGACAGUCCACCAGACUAGGAGGUAAGGUUUGUGUUACAGUACAGAGGAAGYGGUUUCUAAAGCCAUUUGUACUCUCAACCCUSCUCUCUGACAUGUAGCUCAUUAGAUGGGUUUGUUUGAAUCAUUUGUGCCUCCUAUCUUUUAUGCAGAUCCAUGGAAUCUGAAGGCCAGAAAGCUCAGCUCCCCUUAGAGGAAAAAUGCUGUCUUCAAGUGCUCGUGGGAACUGGGAAAGUGGUUAGUCGGAACCUCGUAUUUCCCACUUCGGAGGAGCAUUGGAAGGCAGCAACACCUUUUUGUUGGACCUUUACAAAGAUUGACAGACUGAAAAGACAGACUGUUUUCCAUUAGACAUUGUGAGGUCAUGACAGAUGGAAUAUCUUAAACUCUGCUUCCUCAAAGUAGCCAAUUGAAGAAGGACAUAGGAGUUUUAGGUCUGGAUUUUUGAUUGACAUUUUUCUGGGCCAGUAACAUGAGGACCUGUUUUUUGCCCACCAUGGACAGUGGACACACUUUAUGAAUGUUACCCUCCAAACACUUUAGACAGCACAGGGUUCUACCAGCACAAAGGCACACGGUUUGGUGAAGGACAAGGGACACGUGAAAAGGUUUGGGACUUAAAAUUCAAUCCCCCACUUCCUCUUAGACCCAGCCAAUGGGCUUUUCUGUUGGGCUGCUGUAGCUGGAUUACAUKCAUGGACUCUAGUUCUCUGAGGGAUUCUUAACCGUCAUUGCUAAUCAGUGAGAAUGCAGUUGGUGUUUGUAUGUUUAUGUGUGUUCUUAUGCGMCAUAAUAAUCCGGGUUUUCGCCUGAAACAUUUCUUAAAAAGAGACUUUUGUACAUAGCUAUGUAAUUCAUUUUUGAUGUGUAUACUUGAAUGUUGGUCUAUUGUUUGUUGACGUUCAUUUAUUCUACAUGCUCAUGUUGUUUAGGUAUCCAUCCUGUCUUGUUCCUUAAGGRAGCCUUCUCUUAGCUCUCCAAGAGUUGAAAUGCCAAAACGUGCCGUGCCAUAAUGCCUUUUUAUUCCUGCAAUGUUGGAAUCGAGCUCCUCUUUGAUAAAUGUACUGUUUGCUCCGCAAUAUCAAACGCAGUCUUGCUUCUACCUCACAUCAGACCUAUACUCAACUGGCACGUUAUUCAUGCUUAUAAGCGAAAUGCAAGCUGAAAGAAAACAAGCUGAAAGCUUUACUAUAUUUUCAAAGGCUCUAGAGAAAUUGAGCUCUCCAUGAACGCAAUACCUCCUUCAUAUUUUCCUGAUUCAUACCUAUUCUUUUUCAGUUUUAUUUCCGAAGCUCAGUGUGUGUCAAUGGCGAGGAGACACCGCCCCAAUAUAAAUAAAGUUGUUAAGAUGUCACGGAUGGUGAAUUCCGACAUCUUGUGAGGUGAUGGUGAUUGAUAGAAGGGUACUCCUCAGGUCUAUAAGAGCUACUGCCAGCGUGGCGCCAGCAAAGACUGAUGUCAUUCUCCCCAGGAUUUCACUAUCUGUCUCCCCGGUGUGAGCAGCCCUCUGCCUGUGACAGCACAAAAUGGAGCGAGAGAGAGCUGGAUCAAGAGAGAGGGAGAAAUGUGGCACUCUCUCUUCCUCUACUCGUCUCUUCCACGGCCUUGCAAUUAAUCUUACGCUUCCCAUUAAACAGGAUCAUACAGCAAACAUGAAAUAUACCCGCUAUGUCGAACGCUUAAUUAAAUAUUGAUUGCGGACUUAUAUGAAUUUACUACAUCAAAUCAAGGCCCCAGUCGGAGGCCUGCCUUUGAUAUCCUGCGUUUGAUGUGGAAAUGAGCCAGGAUAACAGCGGGGGCACAGCUCCACACUACUAAUGUCUUCUUAUUAAUUAAUUAAUGUUGCUAUCAAGUUGUUCCUUCGCGGCGGUAAGCAGCUGUGCAGCCCAGUAAAAUGAUGUCUAUCUACCCUUAACGGAGACCUGCUUGACUGCUGCGCAUCGCAUCAAUGGGUUUCUCUCCUCAUAUGGCAGAAUUAGCUGGGUUUUCUUUUUUUGUGCUCCAAAAUGCUGCACAUUUUGCACUGAACUGUGAUGUUCAAAAAUAGAGACAGAAAUAUGCUUGAAAAUGCUGUGCGUCUUUGACAAGCGCUGUAAGCUUGUUGCUAAGUGUUUCUCAUAAGAGAACAUAGCAUGGCUAACUGAAUAUUGACUGAACGUGGCAGGUUUCAGGUUUUUAUUAUUGUUCUACAGUCAUCGUUGUUGAUUGGCUGCUUUUUUAUACAGCUUCAGUAUUGUAUAUAGACCAAAUAAAGUAUUUAUUGAAAUAAUA